CAAGCAUUGAACAAAUCCCAUCUGUACAACAACCUGCAUACCUUGAAAAAAACUACAUUAAAUAGCAUCGCCGAAGAAACAAGCACCAUGAUUCAGACUCUUGCACAUACUGUCGAGGCGGAAUAUCAUGUCGGGAGCGUGAAGCUACAAGCAACACCAAGACCUCCUCCUGUGAUUGACUUUUCUCCUUUCUAUGAGGGUGAUGACAAUAUCAAAGCGGAUCUCGUACAACAGGUCAAAGCCGCAUGUCUAGAGAAAGGAUUCUUUCAGAUUACCGGACAUGGCAUCUCUGAAGACCUUCAACAAGCCAUGUUGGAACAAUCUCGAGACCUUUUCUCUUUGCCUACGGAACAAAAACAAAAAUACGAUCAAGCAAACCAUCCGAACAGACUUGGCUACGAACGAUUACGAGCACAAAACUUCGAGGGCAAGACGGCGGGCGACCUCAAAGAAGGCUUCUUCUUUGGCAGGUCGCUCCCUCAGAAUCAUCCUUAUGUUCAGGAGGGCAGACUCCACUGUGGCCAAAACGUGUAUCCGUCAGAAAUGCAGGACCAGGAUCGAUUCCAGAAGACAAUAGACCAAUACCACCAGGCCAUGACUUGCUUGGCGGAAGAUAUACUCCGUGUCAUUGCCAUGACGCUGGAUUUGGACAGGAGUUAUUUCGACGAAUUUUGUCAGGAACCAGUCUCGGUCCUCAGGCUCCUACACUAUCCUCCUCAGGCUGUUGAUGCGAGUGAGGAUGAAAGAGGCAUCGGAGCACAUACCGACUUUGGCACCGUGACGAUACUUUUACAAGACGACGUUGGUGGAUUGCAAGUGUUCGACACCCCAACCAAGACAUGGAUCGACGUCAAGCCUACCCCGGGAGCCCUCGUGGUCAACCUCGGUAGCGUGAUGAUGCGUUGGUCUAACGAUACCUACGUCGCAAACCUUCACCGGGUCAUCAACAAAAACGGAAGGGAACGAUACAGCAUACCAUUCUUCUACUCUGGAAAUCCCGAAUUUUUGAUUGACUGCCUGCCUGGAUGCGGCGACUACUGUUCAUCAUCAUCAUCAUCAUCAUCAUCAUCCGGCUGCCAGUCAAAAUACCCACCCAUCAAAGUCCAGGAUUGGAUCUCUGGACGACAUAAAAAUACCUUUUCCGAAGCAAAAGGUCUGGAGGAGCUGCACAAGCUCGCAAAAAUUGCCUGAUUCAAUCGAAGUUCCAAAAAAGGUGGUUCUCAAAGAAACUUGCACCGUACAGUAUUUAUGAAUGGCCAAAUGAACAUGUACAUCAUCAAAACGUUUUUUCGCAAGCGUCUAGAUAUCAUAGAAAGCGAUCUUAGAAAUCCCAACACAAAAUUAUCAUUGUGAUACAACUAUCAA